CCCUGCAUCAAAGGGCUUUCUGGCUUAAUUGGAGAGUCACUUGGCGUGACUUAUACCAUAAACGAGGCGCAAAGCCUAAGCCGGGUGCGGCGCAUCCCAUACAUAGACACAUCAACCGGAGUCUUACUUCCGUUACUUCCAUUGCGAAAUUCUGGUUCAUCCGUAUCUGUCAUCCUUUCAAGGCAAAUGUGCUCCGCUCACUCACUACAAUGGCAAGCCCGGCGACAAAACAAGGGCCCGCAGUGGUCUAGCGUCAUACAUCACCUUGAGAAAUACAAAUCAUAUCGUCACAUCCUUGUCCACAGCCCAUCCGCGAUCAACUUUUUAGUGGGCUCCCCAGAUUUGUCACGACCCGUCAUCUACCUUGGCGGGCCUUGCCUGGUUACGGUAGCAUCCUCACCCGGAUGAAGCCACUGCCGCACAUCUCUCUACUCAUUGCGGUGCCGCAUCUGCCUGCUCUAAUUGGGGCUUUGCAUCCGUGUUUUGGGUGGUGCUUAACCCAAUUGGGAAGCAGCCUUUUGCUUUUGUGAUGCAAUCCCCACACCCUUGGCCAGUUAGCCAGAGCCCGGUGCUGUCGUCUACUUGCUUUUUGUAUUUGAAAUGCCUUUAUUUCCGAAUGGAUCAUCCAUUGUGUCAUAGAUGGGGCGUCCUGCUGUAGAAAAAAAGAGCUGCGAGAAUUGAACUGAGCACAUUAUAAAGCUGCUCUGUCCCCAGCUGCCACCACACCACCCUUCCACAUAGUGUACCUCAGCCUUGUCUGUUGCCCAACGCUCACUUGUUAAAAAACAAAGUAUUCUUAUCCAGAGCUUCAGUACACCCUACAUUCAGAAAUACCCAACAUGCUUAGAUCAGUUGUUCUCGUGGCUCUCGCAGCCGCCGUCUCGGCCAAGAAAUGCCACGACUUCACCGUCCCGGUCUCCAUCAGCGCCAACAACACAGUCUUCAACAUCAAGCCCACCAACAGCGAGGCCGAUCUCACAAACAUGAUGUUGAAGAUGGUCCAGCCCGCCAGCACAUUCCUCAAGUCCAUCACUGGCGAUGUAAGAGAUCGCCCUCUAGGCUACGCAUUACACCGUAUCGCAUCGUGAGAAACUAACCAUUGGCUUUUGCUCAAUUAGAUGAAGGAAGUCCACGGCGACUACAACCUCGCCGCUACCUACUGCCAGCCUGACAGCGGCCCCGGCAAGACCAUCCAGAUCCUCACCCACGGCGUCGGCUUUGACCGCUCAUACUGGGACUACCCCUUCAACAACUACAACUACUCCUACGUCGACCGCGCCGUUGAGCAGGGCUACUCCACGCUCUCUUGGGACCGCCUCGGCAUUGCGCAAUCCGACCACGGCAAGGACCCCAUCAACGAGAUCCAGGUGACUCUUGAGAUUGAGGCUCUCCGCGCGCUCACUCAAAAGGUUCACGACGGCGACGCCUGUGGCAUCCCUGCCAAAUUCGACAAGCACGUCCACGUCGGCCACUCCUUUGGCUCCAUCAUGAGCUACGGCCUCACAAGUCUCUACCCCAAGCUCUCUGACGCCAUCAUCCUUACGGGAUUCUCGCAGUUCCCCAACUACAUGCCCUACUUUGUCCUCGGCGGCAACUUUGCCCCCGUCAGCAGCAUCGACACCCUCAAAGACAAGUACGCGACAGGCUACAUUGCGCCCUUCUCUAGUAUCGGCGUUCACAUCAACUUCUUCGGCCCUGGUGACUUUGACGAGGACAUGCUUGAUGAUGCCACCAAGAAUGGCCAGCCUGCUGCUCUUGGAGAGCUCCUUAACACUGGCGGACCUGUUGGUAAGCCAUCUGAGUUUGGUGGCGAUGUUCUCAUCAUCACUGGUGAUCGUGAUGUUCCUUUCUGCGGCGGAAACUGCAAGGAUACAUCCAUGCUCAAGGAUGCCAAGGCCGACAAUGUCCUCGAGAUCUCUCGCUCCAACUUCCAAAAGGCCAAGUCCUUCACUGCCACCGUUGUUCCCGAUGCCGGCCACGGCCUCAACUUUGGCUACUCCCACACUGUAACCUACAAGGGCAUGCUUGAUUUCCUCAAGGACAAGUCCUUGUAAAAUGGAAGAUAACGCGAAUACGAUGAAUUUGAAUACUUAAUGCUGGACUAAUGAAGAAUCGGCGAGAGUAUAUAAUACGUGACAUAGAUUAGUAUGAUUUAAACCAAGGGUAUAUACAAUGAUAAUACUAAUUUCAUAUGAUCCAACCAGUCCCCUUGCGCCUGCCUGCCUUUCUUUCAACUACAUAAAAAAGUAAUUGAACAAAUAACGUGACUGGAGACUAUUGUAUCUCACUAUGUUGUUCGCCCGUCUUCGCGAAGCACUGUAAGCUCCCCCGGUCGUGGCAACGCCACGCGUGUCAAAACAGGGACGCCACGCUUAAUGAUCUCCGACAUGUUUGCUGCUGUUGCGCUGUAAUCAUCCGUUGACGGCUGGAAGAUGGACCGAUUUUGAGCAGGCAACCCCGCCGCUGGAAGAAGAUGGAGUGGUUUUGGUACAGGUUCAUCCAUUCCCCCUUGGCCAGCAAACCGAGAGAGGCUCUUCAACUGAUCGUUGCCAUUACCAUGCACACGCUUGACGGGAGUCCGGCCAAUGCCAUGAUUCAGAGGGCGAAUCCAUUCCUGGCUCUGUUGUGGUGUAGUAAUUACCCUGUUUGGUGUGUGAUUCUCCAGCUUGAUACUUUGAUCGUUUGCGUCGUAAUUAUC